GCAUGAUAUUUGGGGACAUCCCAUUCUCAAAUACUUUGAUUUGUAUGUGUUAUAGUAAAGCAACAAUGACGAGAGUUGAGAUCAUCUCGAAACAGAACAUCAAACCAUCUUCUCCCACUCCUCAACAUUUGAAAAUUUUCAAGCUUUCUCUGCUUGAUCAACUCAUCCCUGCUCCUUUUGUUCCAAUGGUUAUGUUCUAUCCAAACAACUAUGGGGUUAUUGACAAUAAGCAUCAUGAUGUCCAAGAAAGAUUAGUCCUGUUGAAACAAUCAUUGUCACAUACGCUAACCCGUUUUUACCCGCUUGCUGGAAUAGUAAAAAAUGAUCUGUGGAUUGAUUGUAAUGACCAAGGGGCUUAUUUUGCAGUAGCUAAGGUCAGUUGUGAUCUUAACCAGUUUCUUGAUGAUCCUAAUUUGCUGCUCAUAAAUAAGUUUCUACCGCUUAGUUUCACGGAGCAGAGUAGUGGAGGCCAAGUGACGAAUAUUCAAGUAAACACUUUUGAGUGUGGGGGAAUGGCCAUUGCUGUGUGCAUCUCACACAAAAUUCUUGAUGGUGCUGCACUCAGCACUUUCUUGACAGCAUGGUCUGGCACGGCUCGUGGAUUGGAAAAGGCCGUGUGUCCUGAUUUUGUCGCGUCAUUGUUGUUCCCUGCUGAUGAUCAGCUUUGGCUCAAAGAUGCAUCCAUGGUCAUGUGGGGUUCAUUGUUCAAGAAAGGAAAGUGUACUACAAGGAGAUUUGUAUUUGAUGGUUCCGCUAUAGCUACUCUUAAAAAAAUGACAACUGACAAAAAUGUGGUGCAAAAUCCUACCCGCGUAGAGGCUGUGUCGGCCUUCAUCUGGAAAUGUGCUAUGGUUGCAUCAGAAAAGAAAGGCGGUGCCAAGAAUUUGUCCCUUCUAACUCAUGUUGUGAAUCUCCGGAGAAGAAUGAAACCAGCUCUGUCAAAAGAGUCUAUUGGCAAUUUAAUCUGGAUAGCUAGUGCAAAAUGUUAUGAUAAGCUGGGAUACGGGGAUUUGGUGGAGCAGGUGAGGAAUGGCAUAUCAGAAAUAAAUGGCGAAUACGUGAAGCAAAUGAUGGGUGAUCCUGGUGCUGCAGUGAUGAGUAAAUCAAUGAAGGAAAUCGGAGAUUUUGGGUCAAAAGAAGAGGUGGAUCACUAUGCAUGCACCAGCUGGUGCAACUUUGAUUUUUAUGAGGUUGAUUUUGGGUGGGGAAGGCCUGUUUGGGUUAGUAAUGUUGGUUUAGAAGGCGAGGUGCUUAUGAAUUUCAUCGUUUUGAUGGACACGAAAUGUGGCGGAGGGAUUGAAGCAUGGCUGACACUUGAUGAACAAGAAAUGGAUAUUCUGGAGCAUGAUCAUCAUCUCUUGGCUUUGGCUUCUUUGGAUCCGAGUCCUCUUCAAAUUUGUUAAUUAUUAUGAAUAUGCCAUAUUGCCGUGUGCCGUAUGGUUUGAUGCUUAUUAUCAUUCUCAAGUUGGAGAGUUUGUCACGGAGCAAACUGCCGUUUAGACCAUCUCACUUGUAUACAGGAAUAUAUUUGAUUCUCAGUUUUGGGAGUUUAAGUUAUUCUCUAGUGAAUAAGUAUGUCAAUAUAUGUAGCCGCACUUUCAAAUUAUUUGUACAAGUCUUGCUUUUAA